GUGUAUUGUGCGUGUUGUUGUAAUUCUUAUUUAAAACGUAUUUGUUUCAUUCAUCGAGUAAAUUUCGAUUAUUAUAAAGCAUUUUAAAUGGAGGUGGACAAUCGAGUAACGGUCCAUUGUCUCGAGGUUGAGGAGACAUCAAAUAAUCGCAAACUAUUCACCCUUCGAGAACUACAGCAAAUAUUAAGAAAUUUGGGUUACGAAGAUGAACUGACGUACGAAAAGUAUGACGAAAAGGACGAAUGUUUAUCCGAGCAGUUUGAUGAAGGGCAAUUUUUGGAUCAGCUGGACGAAUGCCACGAAAUAUGGUUCGAUGCGUGCGAAGAUCUGGAGGAUGAAGAAUUCUGCGAGACUUCUGAAAAUUAUAAAUCCGAUUCUUCGCAUACUCGCGGCGAAAUUUGA